UGAGAGCAACACGAAACAUGUCAGGUGAGGUGCCGGCGGAGUGUGAUCGGGUUUACCAGGCGUUGCUGCAGUGCCACCGCCGUGUCCCUAACGGUCCACCUCGUGACGCCGCCUGCCGCCACUUGAACCGUUCACUUGCUGAAUGCAUGAUUUCCUUCAUCUGCCCUGAGGAAUCAGCCGCCGUACGCACCCUUUGUGGCAAUAAAGGAACCGCCCUCAAGCGAUCUCAAUGCCAACAAGCCCAGAUCUCCCUUGCCACCUGCAUCUCGUGUCAUCAAGAUCCAUCUUAAUGUUUUAAAACCCUAAUUCCCAACUUUCGCUGUCAUUGAUUCAUGCCGGUUGAGGGAAGAGGAAGGAGAAUUUUCAUUGGUUUUGUGGCGUAUUUUGCAACAACAAAUUUCGUGGCUACUCAUUGAAAAACUUUUGCGUGCCAAUUCUGUUGAAAUUGUUUGAAGUUGGAGCCUAUCGCUGAUGUCCUAAAAAUCAUCUAUCAUCCACGAAUGACAUAAAUGAGGUAAAGAUGUCUGUUGUAUGACCGCUGUUCUUGCUUUCUUUCCUUCAAUUCCCAAUGUCUUUACUAAAUUGGCAUUAUAUUUAUGAUUAUUUCCAUCUUCCAACAAUCUGAACGUACGGCUCAGCCCCCAUCCCAUCACCCCCGCCCGGUUUUUUGGAUGCCCUGGGUGGAGAGUAAAAAAAGCCCCUAAUCCAAGAAACAUAUAACACAUAUUUUUAAGAGGUUUGAAACCGAGUGGGACUCUUGUACAAAUUUAGAAAAAAAUCAAAUAAUGAGCCUACUAAACUUUAUUUGACUGUUGGACUGUGUUGCCUUGGGCCACCGCCCUCUUCUCCCAGCUCUAGGGCCACCCCUGCCCCCGGGUGUACUCGGAGGGGGUCUUCUCUACACUGUUUCAUGGGCAUGAUGCUGCAGUAGACUCGGCCUGCCCAGUCCGUUAGAAAAGCGGCUUCGAUGAACAUUUUCGAAAAAAUAUAGGGGUGCAUGGAGCGGUCAAUUAAGAUUAAUGUACAGUGAGGGGGCGACGUAAAGAAAAAGAGGCAAGCCUCCCUGCCCCAUUUAUAUUUUUAUAUUAGUAAGUAUUUAGUAAUUUAUUUUAUAAAAAAUAUUUAUUGACAGAUAAAAACUAUUAACAGUUGUACACACUUCGUCAAUGUUUUUCUAAAAAUGUUUUGUAAAUUUCUCUACCGAAAGUUCUUAUUUUUAUUAUCUUAAUAUUUUGUUAGGUGGUCUGAUAUUUGAUUUUCGUUGAGAGCAAUUGUUGUGAA